GAAAUGUCUACACAACUCUAGCAACCAGAAAUGCUUUACAUCUGUUGGAGAUAGCUGGGAGGACAGAUAUUCCAGUGGCUGAAGGCUCUCAUGUCACAAUCACUGUGAAACUUUCUUUGAGUUGGUGAAACUGUUAAGAGAAAACGAAUAAGAGGAAGAAUAAUAAGUAUUACCUCUCCCCAGAAAAGAAAAAAGGUCAAAUGCAAAGACAUUGAGCUUGUUUAUCAUGGGAUCCGAGACAAGAAUGUGGUUUUGAGAAGAAAAGAAAAAACAUAGUGAUUGGUCCUUUCGAGUGUUUCAGAUCUAGGACCAAACCUCAAAGAAGGAACAAGUCAAGGUGGAAUUUGGUUACCCUCUUACUGAAUAUCUUUACUUCCUUAUGGUUCUGUAGAGCAACCUUUCCUGGAAUGUUGGAGUGAAUUUUAGUAGAUAGUGAAAGAGUUGGUUGGGUUUAGUCAACAUCUCAUGCCAAUUGAAAGAGUUGGUGUGAGAAGAAAGAAUGAGAAAAAUAGAAAAAGUCAAAGAAAUACAAAUGCCUGCAAGCAUGAGAAAGAAAACGUUUUGCAAAUAUUUUGUAAUGCUGCUGAUUUGUUUGGUAAAACAAGGAUGCCAAAUUUCAAUUAUCCCAAAAUCAUAAAAUCCUUGUAAGAGUAGGGAGUUGACAGAGCAAUUGUCUUAAGUGUAAUUGGGAUAUCUCCCCUUUCUUUGUUAAUAAUAUAAAGGUAGUUGUUCUUUUGUGGACGUAAGAUCACUUUGAUUUGAACCACGUUAAAUCUUGGGUUCUUUCUUUUACGUUUCUGCUAACAAUUGGUAUUAGAGCGUUAGGGGUCUUUAAAGAUCUAGGGAGGAAGAACAAGCAAAGAUGUGUUCCAUGAAGUUUGAAAUCAAUAGAUUUAGUGCGCACAACAAUAUUAAUAUUUGGAAGGUCUAGAUGAUGGCAUUAUUGCGGAGGGAAGGUUCAAUUGAUGUUAUUAACAGAAAAUUCGAAUUGUCCAUUAGAUUCUGACAGGAGAAGAUUGAAGGGGAUGCAUUGAGUGUAAUCCGACUGUCCCUUGCACCGAUCGGUGACAACAAGGAUGUUGUUACAAUUAAGAUGGGGUCAGGUACUUUGCUACUAGAUCAUUUAGACGCAUUCAGUAAACUUGUCAUGAACUUACAGACUGCGGGAAUUAAAAAGGAUGAGGAGAUGCUUGCAUGUGCUUUGCUAUUUUAUUGACUUCAGGAUAUCGUGAUAUCGAAAAUUCAAUGAUGUAAAGCAAGGAGUCUAUCACCCUUGAGCAAGUACGGCAGACACUUAACUUUAGUGAUGUGCGGAGGCAUUUCGAAGGAGACAGAGAUGAUUAGGCAAUUGGGCUCUUUGUGAGAGGCCGGACUAGUCAAUCGGGAAGUAGCAAAUCAAAGCAUAGAUCAAAGUCUCGUGUGAACAAGAAGAAUGUUCAGUGUGGGGGUUGCGGCAAGAAGGGGCACUUUGAACAAGAUUGCCUAAUGUCAAAGUCCCAAGGAAAUGGCGAGUGCAUCCACAGGUUGGCAGAUAAAUGAUUCUAAUAAUGAAUAUGUACUUUCAACAUUAUGCAAUAAUGAAGGUUAUGGCAACAAAUAUGUGUUACUCUCUUGUACUCUACAUAUGACAUUCCGAAGAGAUUAGUUUGGCACCUCCAUCUGAAGAGCACCUUGAAAAAAAAAUAAAAAAAAUGUAAGCGUCUCAAACCAAUUGCCUGUAUGUUAUGCACUUGUUACAUACCAAUUACGUGUAUCUUAUGCAAACUAAAAACUUGUAGUUUUCUGGAAUGACCAAUCUCCUUUCUCUAUACAAAAGGGCUGCUAUUGGGGAGCGCAAAAGGCUCGACAAUAAGAAGGCCCAGUCACAAAAGAAAGCUAUGCGAAGAAGCAGAGAUAGAUAUGACUGAUUCCAAGAGCUCGAGAUUGGCAUGCCAGAUUUCUUGUCGAGCCCUUCCUUAGACAGACACAACACAAUCACUACCCAACAACUUUACACCUCUUCUUUGUUUUUGUCUUCCUUCAAUUGACUACAAUUAUCGUAUAAUAAUUAAUAAUACAGGAAAAAAAGAGGGAAGAAAAUAAUUAGAAGAAAGUGAUGGUGAUGAGAGACUUGGUAACCGGUGCUCCGAGUUGUGGCUAAACUUCUUCUUCUUCUAAUCCUUUUGGUGCUCUUGCUAACGCACUCAUCGACUCUUUAUCUAAAACUCAGGUAGCUAAUAAUUCUCUCUUUUAAAGCAUGGUAUAAACAAGCAACUUAUUAAUACUGAAAUUGAUGUAUAUUAUUGGAUUAAGGUGCAGUUGUUUGAUUAAUUGAUAUAAAAUCUCAAUUCGUUCACCGAUGUUUUUCUAGCUAGUUGUUCGAUACGUAUUCAACUACUAAUGAAUUAGUUGGAUUUGCUAAUUGCCAAUCUGUCUGAAGCUUUAUGUAGUUGAGUUUAGUUGAGCUUUAACUGUGGUAUUUUUUAAGCAUAUAAAAGCAAAUAGUUUUAUGCAUAACACCGUCUUCUCUUGAAAGGGUUCUUGAGAGAUUCAAUAUGCAUAAGUGCAAGCCUGUAAGUACACCGUUAGCUCCUCAUUUCAAACUUUCAGAGUUGCAGAUGCCUCAGUCCAAGGAUGACAUGGAGCAUAUGUCAAAGGUUCCUUAUGCCAGCGUAGUUGGUAGCAUUAUGUAUGCUAUGGUGUGUACACAUUCAGAUAUUGCUCAAUAAGUAUGGUAAGCAGAUAUAUGUCCAACCCAGGAAAGAGACAUUGGGAAGCUGUCAAGUGGAUAUCUCAAGGGAGCUUCUAAUGUUGGUUUGACCUUUCGAAAAGUGUUGAUGGUGUUUCAAUUCUCGGUUACGUGGAUUCUGACUAUGCAAGGGAUCUUGACAAAUCCCUUGACAAAAUAAGAUCGACAACUGGAUACAUCUUUACUCUUGUUGGCAGUGGCCGUAGUUGGAAGUUGACUCUGCAGUCAAUUUUCGCUUUGUCCACAGUAGAAGUAGAAUACAUGGCAGCAGCUGAGGCAGUGAAAAAAGCUAUUUGGUUGAAAGGUUUGGUGGCAGAAUUGAGUUUGGCAGAAUUAAAGACAACUAUUCUCUGGUCCGACCUUCUUCUCUUGUUAGCGGAAACGUACAAGAAAGAUCACGAGAUUUAACGUGGUUCGGAUCAUAUCCUACAUCCACCAGAAAACACUUGCUUUUAUUUUAUUAACAAAAAAAGGGGAGAACUCCAAUUACCCUUAAGAGAAUUGCUCUCUCAACUAUUUACUCUUACAAGAAUUUUAUAAUUUUUGGAUAAUUCUACAAGAGGAGGAAUGUUGAUGUCCCCUUGAUGUCAUUGGUGACAAGAAAGAGAACCCAAAGUCAAAUUUGGUAUCUUUGUUUUACCAAACAAAUCAGCAGCCAUAGAAAACAUUUGCAGAGCAUUUGCUAGAUGUUUUCUUUCUCAUGCUUGCGGCCGUUUGUAUUUCUUUGACGUUUCCUUUUCUUUCUCAUUCUUUCUUUUCACACCAACUCUUUCAAUUGGCAUGAAAAAGUUGACUAAACCCAAACCAACUCUUUCAGAUAGUGUUUGGCAAUCUUAAAGUUUUAGGUGUUAGAAACCUUGGUAGUUAGGAAUUUAAAUAUAGUCAAGAUAAAUAAAGAGAAUGGGCGAGACGGAUGAACAAUGAAAAUGUAUGAAGCACUUUUGGUGUCAUUUGGGGCGUGACAAAACGUUUCUUCCAUGCUGUUAGCAGAAACCGUUAAAAGGAUGCGUUGUAUUUCAUUCUCUUGCUAUACUUGCAGUUUCCUUAAUCAAAGGAUCACUACUUUUUGUUCUUUGCUUUUUGGUCUCCUCCACUGUAGCCACAAAAGAAAUUGGGGACCUCUUCCAUAACCUUUGUGGGGUGAUGCCAUAUAGUGUGAGAGGCUUGCUGAAAUGUUGGCAGAGUCAGAAAGGAAGCAAAACUUGAAGAAAAUCUGGCAUACCGUCCCUGUUUGCAUUUUUUGGACAAUCUGAUUAGAAAGGAAUAAGAGAUGUUUUUGAAAAUCAGAAACGUGAUAUGUCUUUUGUAAAGAAUAGAUGUCUUCAGAAUUUAUAUUUUUGGUGUAGGAGACAUGGUAGAUGAUAUUUCUAUAGUUGAAAUGUUUAAAGAGAAAUGAUCAAUUCAGGGAUCAAACAAGUUCUGUGGCAAAGAAAAUGAGAAGGGCAAAGGAAGAAGCUCCUUAUAUGAGCCUAUCUGAGCAUGGUCAGCUUGACCAUGUAGGAGAUCCAGCAUAUUGUGCUAUUUGAGCUUGAUUAGCUUGACUGUGUAGGAGCUCCAACAUGUUGCGCUAUGUGACACUAUCUAACCACAGUCAUGUGACUAUGAUCCGAUUAUUAUUAUUUUUGGGGCUAAUUUUGAGAUUUCUAGCCAUACCCCAACCUGUAUAAAGCUCUAAGCUCGUCCUUAGUGGGUGAAUCAGAAUAUUUUUGCAUAUGUUGAGAUUGGAGAACUCCAUUUGAGAUAUGAUUGGAUCUCAAGAAUUGAGAUUUUCGAGGAUCGUAUUAAGAACUUUGUUUUAGCGAGCUUGUGAGUAAUGCUUCACGAUGCUUCUUCGAUACUCCAAGUUUAUGAGAAAGGUACAAAACUUCGAAUUGCUGAUUUUGUUCAUGGAACGGAUGGACUUGGGAACCAAAACUUUCCUGCACCAAAUGGAAAGUGUAGUGAACAGAAUGCUGCUGAAUAUCUCGUUCAACAAGCCAGUCUAUACCCUGGAAAGGUUACUGUUGUAGCUUUGGGUCCCCUAACAAACAUAGCACUAGCCAUCCAAUCAGAUCCUGCUUUUGUUAAAAACAUUGGACAAAUUGUUGUUCUUGGUGGUGCCUUUUCUGUAAACGGAAAUGUGAAUCCAGCUGCUGAGGCGAAUAUCUUUGGAGACCCAGAUGCUGCUGAUAUUGUAUUUACUAGCGGUGCUGAUGUUCUAGCAGUUGGAAUAAAUGUUACACAUCAAGUUAUCCUUACUGAUUCUGAUCGAGACGAGUUGGCGAAGUGUAACGGAAAGUUUGCCAAGUACCUUGACAAGAUUUUGGGUGUCUAUUUUGGCUAUCACCAUGAUGCAUACAGCACAAAAGUGGGACUCCACAUAGGUGUCUACCUUCAUGAUCCAACUGCCCUGCUUGCUGCUGUUGAUCCCUCGCUAAUCACCUAUACAGAAGGUGUGGUUCGUGUCCAAACAACUGGCAUCACAAGGGGUCUGACUCUAUUUUAUAACAAACAAAAGAGGUUUGCUGAAGUCACUGAAUGGUCUGAUAAACCCUCAGUAAAAGUGGCAGUAACUGUUGAUGCUCCUAAAGUUCUCAAAUUGGUCAUGGAACGACUCAUCAAUUCUUAGGAGAAUCUGUUUACUGAAAGAGAAGUUAUUUGACGUAUCUCCAACUGCACGUUCGAUUCUUUGUUUGUCUGCAACUCAGACAUUUUUCAGAACUUUGUUUUGAUUUGAAGAGGAAGAUGAUAGCAAGGUUGCCUUCAUACUAUGAUUAUGGAACAUACGUCGAUCACCAAGAAGAAUUUCAUUUUGUUUAUUGCUUCUAUGGCAUCUCUGCAAAUGUUGUAACAAUAUCUGUUGUUUCUGAGUUCUGUGGAAUAAAGUGUGGAAUAAAGUGUGGAAUAAAGUGAUCUGUAGAAGCCAACAUCGUCAUCAUUUUAGUUUCUCUUCUAAACUGACAAAGGGUCUCAUAUACUUGUAUGCUUAAUGGUCAGAGGUAAAUGGUGACAUUUUUCUCUUUACAACCAA